AUGUCCGUUGCUUCGGCUGAUGCAGCUCUUCUUUCGGCUGCAAGAGCUUACGCAUCUUUAAAGAUGGAACAACAAUCUUCUUCUUCCUCAUACACUUUAUCUCCCGGUUCUCCAAUCUCAAUCACUUCACCUAAACAGAAAGCUCCAAUCCAUUACACUCGAAGCCGUUUACUUGCACUCGCCAACAGUCCACUCUGUGUGAGGCCUGAGGCACUAAAACCUCUGAUAGACUGGUUUGGUGAAUUUGAUCCUCCACCAAGCAAACCAAAUCAAUCUACUCCAUCUCAUAAUCAAUCUCUGCCAUCUACUUUUCCACGUCCUCAUUCAUUACAAUCACCUGAAGACGGUAAUCAUUCUUCAAUCACCUCACCUCUCAAUGUCUCCUUCUUACCUAUGAUGGGUCGUGGUCAGCCACCUGCGAGGAAUCCUUUUGCCAAUUUCGGUAAAUUCGGAUCCGAGGAUAAUGCAAAUUCUGGCUCGCUGGGACUCAAUCUCCAUCAACCUACAAAUCCUUCAAAUAAUGGUCCUAAACUCAAUCGGCGAGGUAUAGAUCGGGACUCUGCUCCUCACCUAGGAAGACCCGACAAUUCGAAUGAUGAUAAUCCCCGGCGAAGACUGGUGGAUUCAUACCCUGGUAACAACAAUAACUCAAAGGAUCGAGUUGUCAAUCGUCUGCUUCCCGAAGAUGGAAACACAAGCGAAUCGAGGUCUUCUGCUCGGCGUACGAUGGAUCGAUAUGCCACCGAUUCAAAACGAGACGGAGAACGAGAUAAGGAUCGCAACAAUCGCACAUCUCCCGUCAACAACCGAGAUGAGGCUGAUGAACAUCAACAGCCACACUGGCGAAGACCUCUACCCAAUGGUUCUCAUGCCAACCAUAAGAAGCUUCAAUCCGAUCAUCAUCAUGGUACAUCUACCAAGGAGCGUGACCAUCGUGAAAACAUUCGUGACUUCAAUGAAAACAAUCACACAUAUGGUAAAGAGCGCGACAAACACCUAGGCCCUUCUCCCACACCGGGCCGGUCGGUGAGCUAUAACAGCAGUCGACCGCGCGAUAAAGAUAAACAUGAUGAUUAUAAUCUUAAUGAGUGGCCCGCAUCGGCUCAUGAAGAGAAUGCCAUGAAUGAUAACUUUGUGUCUUCGAUGCCCCUGCAAGGCAAGCGUGUCAAAGAUGGACUUUGGGACUCGGGUGAAGGCAAAUGGGAAAUGUCUCGACAAACCAAUGAUCGAAACCCUUCUGCAGGUCUUGGAGCUACAAGUGAAACAGAUGCAAUUCAAGCGUGGAAAGCUGAGAUGAAAGCUAUGGAUGCCAAGAAGAAACAAGCUGCUGCUGCUGCUGCGAAUCCUCCCCAAGCUAGUUCGGAUCUAUCUCCUGAUUCGAAAAAGGCCAAUGGAUCAGAUCAUCGUCAGCCUUCUCGUAAUUUUCCCGAUGCACUGAACCUCAAGCUCGCUGACUCGGAUCAUGAAGAGAACGCGGUGGAUAGUCAAAUCUCGUUGAUCGCCUCAUCUGCUAAAACCCCACACUUUGCGUCACUACUCCAAAACAAUAAUGCAACUGCUGGACCGGCUGCGUCUGCGCCGGCCGAUGACGACGUUGCCUCGCAACCUAGAGCCAGUCGGUUCGCAAAAUUUUUUGACAACUCCACUCAUCAAAGAGAUGAAAAUGAGCAUGGACCAGGAUUCGGAAACCCCCCACCCUCUGCUCCAUCCCACUUCGAUCUUACUCUUUCGCAGCACAAUCCUCUCCAUCUUCAACAAUCUGACCAUUCAGCAAGUCGAUCUUCCCUGCCAAAUGAAGACCAACGUAGCAUUUUACAUCGCAGUGCAAGUGCUGAUCCUGAAAACAUGGCAAGAGUGUUGAGUAUGUUGCAAAUGAGCUCUCAGCAACCCCUCGAGCCUGCAACGCAUCCUUCUUUACAGGAUGGUCAGAGUUAUCCGUAUCAGCCCAUGAAAAAUGUAGCGGCAGCCGGUUCCGCCACGAGUAGCCAACCCCAACACCAUAUGAUGGAUUUGAAUGCAUAUACCUCUCAACAUCUACCAUCAUCCAAAUUCAAUUCACCUCCACCGAUCACUUCUCCCACCGGUUUCAGUAGUGGACUUCAAAAUGUGUAUAAUAAACAACAAGUACCUGAAGCUGAAUUCAAUCGUCGACCGAUCAGUGUUGGCCAUAAUCAUUCGAUCGGAAUCAAUGCAAAUAACAACUAUAUCUCUCAGCGCCCCUCUCAACUUCCAUCACCUGUGAAUCAAAUGAGAUCAUUGGAGGAAAUUUUAUCGCAUGAUCAUCAACUUCAACAUCAUCAACUUCAACCUUUCGGACCACCGCCACCUGCUUCUUUCACGAACCAUCUACCAGGACAAGCAUCAAUGAAUGCUCUAGUACAGCAGAUGAAUCUUAACAAGAACAAAAUCGGAAGUAGUGGAAUGGAACCACCGUUACAGAUGUAUCCGUUUCAACCAACUAUGAAUCUACCUCAACCCACUACUGUUAAUGGAGACCGAAACAAUCUUGAGAAUCAAAAAUUAGCAUUCUUGGCACGACAACUUCAACAGCAACGAUUAUCACCAAAUCAUUCCAUCAAUCCACUUUCACCUACUACUCCUCAUUUGAUCAAUCAACAAGGAGGUGUUCAACCCAGAAUGGAUCUACGCACGAUCAAUUCGAAUUUCAACUCACAACUUGCUCAAUAUCCUGGACCACCACCACCUCAUCUUGAGCACCAACGUAGAUAUUCAGGUGCAUUACCCCCUUUACCACCACCACCACCACCCUUACCACCACAUCAUCUUUUUAAUCAUCCACCACCACCACCACCUUCUGCUAUGUUUGGUCAAGGAGCCCAUCAUAUCUUACCACCUGCACCCAUACCACCAUCAUUUCAAAACCCUACAAGCAAUAAUCGAAAUGGGUUGAAUUUGAAUCGAUCACAAUUUGUAGGCGUACAAUCUACUGUACCACCACCCCAAUCAUUUGUAGGUAAUUUUGGAAACUCUGGCGUAGGAGGAGUUGGAGGAGGAGGAGGUAGUCAAAUGGAUUUAAUGAGUUUAUUGAAUGCAGGACAAAAUCGUAGGAUGGGAAAUGGUGGUAAUGGAGUUUAA